CUACAUUUCCCAUAAGCGCUUGCUGUGCGACGCGCAGGCGCAUUAGCAAUAUUGUGUCUAAAACGGCUUGUUUAAAGAGAAAGCGAUCCGGGCUGUGAGUGUGUGUAAUUCUGCUUGUGCGGGGGACGGGGAGGCGAGGAACCAUGUCCCGGCAAACCAAUCGAGGAACAGAGAGCAAGAAGAUGAAUUCUGAGCUUUUCAACUUGACUUAUGGGUCCCUCGUUGCGCAGCUGUGCAAGGACUAUGAAAAUGAUGAUGAUGUCAAUAAACAAUUGGAGAAAAUGGGAUACAACAUAGGUGUCCGACUGAUUGAAGAUUUCUUAGCUCGAUCCAAUGUGGGGAGAUGCCAUGAUUUUCGAGAAACUGCCGAUGUCAUAGCUAAGGUGGCGUUUAAAAUGUACCUGGGAAUCACACCCACAAUCACAAAUUGGAGUCCAGCAGGGGAUGAGUUCUCCCUUAUCCUGGAAAACAAUCCUCUUGUAGAUUUUGUUGAACUGCCGGACAACCACUCCACCCUCAUCUACUCCAAUCUCCUGUGUGGAGUACUCAGAGGAGCACUAGAAAUGGUACAGAUGGCUGUUGAUGUGAAAUUUGCUCAGGACACACUGAAGGGCGACAGUGUAACAGAAAUCCGAAUGAAGUUUAUCCGAAGGAUUGAGGACAACUUACCUGCAGGAGAGGAGUGACCGAGGGACUUGUGACUAUACUGACCAUGUUGCAGCUUGACUGAAGGCAUCAUUUGUAGUCCACAUACUCAUGGAAGGUUGUCUUUCAGUUUAAGGUUUUACCAGAAAGUCUUGGACCAACUCACUUAAUUUUUACAAAAUGCCAUUUUCUCAUUUGUUUUUCUAUUACAGUUCAAUGUGAAAUUUUCCAUCACUUAGAGUGCAAGAAAUGUAUUCCCACCGGUAUAUGUUUUCCCUACAGAUUGCUGCAGAGGUGAUAUACUAUUUAUGGCUAAUAAAUUAGCCUUCUUGAAUUGAAACCUAUAUAAUAUUAUAAAUUAUUACCCAAUUGUUUAAGCAGUCAUGCCAGUUUUUCUUAUUAAUGUAACUGAACCAGCCUGUCUCCUACACUCCCAGUAGCUUUUUGUUAUGUCAUUGUAAAAACAAAGGAAAGCAUGGGCAGCGCAUCACAUUGUGUUUCUAGAGACCUACCCUCUCAUGCAAGACGGAGCCUGUGGUCACUUCUUACCUGCGUGUAUCUCAGGACCCAUCUGGAAGCUAAGAUUACCCAAAUCUGCUCUGGUACCAAUAAGCAAAUUUAAUCAAAACAGCGGAACCAUUAGUGACCUGACAACAUGGUAUGUCAGUGUGAUUACUUAUUGAUUUGACACAUGAACAUUGUUAGAAAACUAUUCAUCCUUUCUUGUCCUGCAGACUUGAAACACAAAGCUAAUCUUGGCAUGGGAUAUAAACUGGUUUGUAAUAUUCAAGCUUGUUAAAGUGACAAGUACAUGGUUGUACUGCUGAUUUAUAGAAUUAAAACAUGUUCUUAUUCUUC